AAUCCCGGGCGUAUCUAAUAGUGGCCUCCUCGGGCCAGUGGAACGAUUCUCGCCCUGCAGCCGAAGAUGUGGAGCCUCCGCCUCUCCUAGACCACGUCCACGCCCUAAAGCUUUUGCGGGGUACGCAGAUGGACGACUACUUAAGUAAACCAACCACCAACAUCGACUAAGAACCUUAAAUCGACCGUCGCCAUCUCUACACUAAAAACUACUGCCAAUCGUCACCACCCGCCCAAGAGAAAAAAAAACGAAAAUGUCAUCAGCAUCGCAAUCCCUCCGCGAGAAGCAAGCACCCAUAAAAGCAGGCUACCGCAACGACCCCGCUACAGCCCUUGUCACUCUAAAAUCAACCGGCUCCCUCGACUCAACCUCGAUAUCCUGCAAACUCUCCACAGGCGCCUCCGCAAAAGAAGCUUCGCGGAUCGCCGGCCUACACCCCAAAGCUGGUGGGGAUGACCCCGGUAUCUCUGGUGAAUUAUGCUCUGGCGACAUGCUUCUAGACGCGCUCGUCGCAUGUUCAGGUGUCACGCUCAAAGCCGUAGCCACUGCUCUCCAGAUCCCGAUCCUCAGCGGUACCGUCACCGCAGAAGGGGACUUGGAUUUCCGCGGGACGUUGGGUGUGGAUCGGACUGCGCCCGUGGGUAUCACGGGGAUUCGGCUUUUGUUUGAUGUGGUUUUCGGGGUAAAGGAGAAUGGAGAGGAGGUAGGGGGGAGCGAAAUUGAGAGUUUGGGAAAGUUGACUGAGAGGUAUUGUGUUGUGCUGCAGACGCUGGUUAAUAAGCCGGAGAUUCGGGUGCAGGUUGCGGGGAAGUGUGAGAAGGAGGCGGAAAAGGGGGUUGGGAGGGAGUUGAAGUGGGUACAUAGUGCUUAG